CGCGCGUGCGCCGCACCGCCCCGGUCAGCUGACACGAUGACCGCAUGAAAAGUGAUAUCUCCUCGGCGGGCAACGUUCAUUACUGGGGGAACGUCGAAGCGAGAGUAUUCACGUUGCUUCCCAUCGAACGUUGCGCACCGUUGCGAGAGAGAGCAAAAAUGUUGUUCCUGGGAGUUCUGUCUAUUUUCCUGCUCACUGCCUCUGCAGAAUACUGUUACAAUGAUGUCGAGGGUGCAUGCAGCACCAGGCCCACAACAACUGAUGGCGGAUUGAUUCCAAACUGUAACGCGAAAUACGGAGCUAUUGACAUGCUUCAGGCUGAUCUCCAAGCGUACGCAAAUGCCAAUAUCGAGUCGAGCUUCGAGUUUCUCUUGAUGUCCACGCACUUCGGAAACUACGAAGCGCAUCGAGAAGGCUUUAAGGGCUUGUACCGUAAACUUUCAGAUAAAUUGUGGGAAGACGCGAUAGACUUGAUAAAGUACAUCACGCAGCGCGGUGGCAAGAUGAACUUCAAUCAACUUCCGCGCUUUAAGAAAUCUGUCAAGGAGAACAACAGAGUGCUGGAGCUCAAUGAGUUGAACAGCUUGGCCAAGGCGCUCGACAGCCAGAAGCAGCUGGCCGACGAAGCGUUACGUAUCCAUGCUCAAGCACAGCAUCAUACCAAACAGGACGCAGCUGUUGCGCACUACGUCGAGGAACACUUCAUGGAACAGUUGGCCGAGCGUGUGCGCGAGUUGUCGGGUCACACGAAUGAUCUGAAGAACUUGAUGGCUGAGCGGGACGCGUCCGUUUCCGUAUUCCUGUUUGAUGAGUAUCUUAAGAAAACGCUGUGAGAAAGAGGGAGAACUGCAUCUACGAAUAUAAUUUAGCAUAUGUAUUCUACCGCAAUUAUUAUUAUGAUACGUUAUUAUCGUUACUGUUACUUUUGAGUUUAUCUGUCUCCGAUACUAAGGAUCUUUCGUAAGAUGUAAAAUAACACAACAAAUAAAUAACGCAUAUAG